GUAGAUAAAGAGCAGGCGGACUUCCAGCGCCAACUCAUUUUCAACUUCAUUUCCAAACGUGAAGGCAGAGUACUAAACAUUUAGAAUAUUUCAGAACGAUGGCCUCAGUUUGGGUAAUUUCCCUUUUAUCGUUGUUCUUCGCUUUUGCGUCAUGCGCUCCCAUAACUUGCCCGACUAUGGAAGACUUAAAUCCGUGUUCUUGUAAACGAGUAGCAUAUGGUCUCCACGUCAUUUGCGCCAAUUUUAAUUCUAGCUCUACUCUUUUGAAAGUCUUUAGAAUCUUACGCGACUAUCGAGUCAAUAACGUCCUACUCCAUGGCUUGUACAUCACUGACGUGCUACCGAGUAAUUUAUUUGAGGGCCUGCAAAUCAAACAACUGAGAGUGGAGAAAUCCAAGUUGAAAUUUUCACAGCUGGCCUUCACAGGUUUAGACGAUUCUCUGAAUGUCUUGAACGUUGCGCAGCAUUCCAUGAUAAAAAGCAAAGAAGGUUUCUCUUUGGCCCGCCUUACAAAACUCGCGGAAUUGAAUGUCCAGUCGAAUCACUUGGUGAAGAUCAGAGACACAUGGUUGAACGAAAAAACUCCUAAUGUUAAUACGAUUAUUUUAGACGACAAUGAUAUUACGGAAGUCGAAAGUUUUGCCUUUUCCAAGCUCCCACAAUUGAAGACAAUAUCUAUGGCUGACAACCGAAUUAAGACUGUUAAAAGGUCGAUGUUCCCACGCCCUGCACAAUUUCUUUUUAGGAUGGAUCUAAGUCAUAAUAUAAUUGAAGAAUUGCCACCCGACUUUUUCUUUGAAAUGCCUUCGUUGACUGAAGUGAUAUUUUCUGGAAACGAAUUACAAACAUUGCCACAAGCUACUUGGACGCCGGUGUGGGAAAACCUGAAUCAAGUAUUCCUGUAUAAUAACAAAAUAGUGUGUGACAAAGAACUGGAUUGGUUGAAGAGGUAUCGUCAGGUGCAUCAGCUGGAAGGUGAUUGUGUUGCUCCGAAAGAACAGGACGGCAGAGCUAUUAAGGAUGUGUAUUACAACAGGUAGACUGACAGUGUAUAGAAUGGAUCAUUUUCAUCUUCUCAUUCCAUACCUCAUCUUGUCAGACUGAAUGUAAUUAUUUGUAUAUAAUGUUCUUCGAAACAUCAUUUCUAAUUAUUGUGUUCGAUAACUAUCAUAUUUUUGUUCUACUGCUCCAUUUUAUUUCACGUUGUUUUUAUUUUAUUCUUUUUACAGUGUUGUAGUUAUUUUUAUGUAAAGUUUUUAUGCUAAAUAGGAUACAAAUGUGUGAGAAUCAAUGAGAAAGUGCUGACAUUCAUUUAUAUAUUUAAAUAACAUGUGGAUUGAGUUACACGACGUUUCAAAAAGUGUCGAUAGCAUUGCAUCGGUGUACAUACUUUUAUAAAUAAAAUAUCUUUAUUAUGUU